AGCGAUCAGGCCGCCUCGUGUACAAUGACGUCAUCAGUCUGUACAGUACAGUUCGCGAACAGUGACGUCAUCAGCCAACAAGUGUUUUCUCAAACUUCGCACCUGUUGCGAAAACAAUUCUGACAGCGUCAGAUCGGAGUUAUCGCGAUACUUUACAUUAGAUAGCAAUGUAAAUCGGUCUGGAUUCAAAGCUCGUGUUUAAAGUUGGGAAAUCAGUCAGACCAAUGAAGGCAACAUGUCUAGAAAAAGCUCUUCUUUUACUUCGCCCAAUUCUUCUGCUUCCUCUUCGCCAGUGAAUCCUGCUCCAAGUCAUGGGCGGUUCUUGAAGCUCUUCUCCGCUGCUUUCUACGCAGUCAGCUCUUUUCUUAUUGUGGUUGUCAACAAGACAGUUUUAACAACCUAUAGGUUUCCCUCAUACACAUUCCUUGGAAUUGGACAGAUGGCUUGCACAAUUGUCAUUCUUUAUUUAGCCAAAAUGUGCAAUGCAGUCUCUUUUCAGGACUUUGACAAGAGCUUACACAGAAAGAUAUUUCCUUUGCCAUUGCUCUAUGUUGGUAAUCACAUAACAGGUCUGGGAAGUACAAAGAAAUUAAGCUUGCCCAUGUUCACUGUGCUCCGAAAAUUUACUAUUCUACUGACAAUGAUUAUGGAAUCCAAAAUAUUAAGAAAAUCAUUUUCACCUCAGCUGACGUGUAGUGUGGUGGCCAUUGUGUUUGGUGCUCUGAUUGCUGCAAGUUCUGACCUGGCCUUUGAAGCAGAGGGAUAUGCUUUUGUCCUGCUUAAUGAUGUCUUCACAGCUGCCAAUGGUGUGUACACAAAGCAGAAAAUAGGAAAAGAGGGCCUGGGCAAGUAUGGAGUUUUGUUCUACAAUGCAUUUAUCAUCAUAAUCCCCACUAUAUUAGCAAGUGCCUACACUGGAGAUUUAGAGAAGGCAAUUGCUUUUAAAGGAUGGGUAUCACUGGGGUUCAUUUUUUCUUUCCUUUUGUCAUGUAUUAUGGGAUUCAUUUUGAUGUAUUCCAUUGUUCUAUGCAGUCAUCACAACAGUGCCUUAACCACUACAGUUGUUGGUGCCAUUAAGAAUGUUGCUGUAGCCUACAUUGGUAUGUUCAUUGGAGGGGACUAUGAAUUUUCCUGGCCAAACUUUGCAGGACUAAAUAUAUGCAUAUCUGGUGGCCUGGUCUAUUCAUACCUGACAUUUUAUAGCACCAGUAGCUCCUCACCACAGAUAGCAAAACAAGAGGAGGAAGAAUUGAAACAUGUCAUCGAGGAACCUCAAAAAAACUCUGAGAAAAGACUAUUCUAAUGUACACUAUGUCUAUAUUUGCAAAGGAUUUUUUUAUACCUGAUUUUACUAAAGCUGCAAUUACUGACUUUAGAUUUGCACACAACAUAAUAUAUUGAUUUUUAAAACAUUGUAUUUAAAAUGAUCGCUUUGAGUUGAAUGUGGUAAAUGUGAACUUGUCAACUUUGAGGGCUUGUGGGCUUAUAUUUGUAAUAAAUACAACUCUUUUUAUUAA